AAUGAAUUAGAAGAACUAUUAACUACAAUCAACGAAGACACAGCAACAAGCCUUGCGAAGGAAGAACUUCUCAACAACAACGUACGAGAUCUUUUUACUGAGGUGAGUGUAUAAAAACAAAGGCGCAGACUAGCUUUCUUUUCAGUGGUGUUACAAAGCUGGGAAUAAAGUGCCUUAAUUGUUUUCUUAUAUACUACAGGAAGCCAUUCUCUCAAUGAAUGAUCAAACUAAAGAAGUAGCUCUUCAAAAUAUGAUCAUGAAAAAGGUAUAACGUUUGUACGUACAGUUAUUGGACAGGUGUACAUUUUGAAGGCUUACAUUUCGCUAUUGCAAACCCCUAUAAUAAGCGGACACUCCUUUUAAGCAUGACACGUUGGCUUAAGAGGGAUUCGACUUGCAGCAAAAUCUUCUAUAACAAUUAGAUUGAUAUAAAAUCGAAGACAGUACUGUAGUCUUGAAUUAACUUAAGUACUAUACAAGUCAGUUUUAUCAGUUAAAUUAGGCAAUGUAAAAUUUCAUAGUUAUUGCGUUAUCGCAUUAUAAAAUUGGUUAAUUUUCUGUAAAUUCUAGGAAAUUGAGAUUCACAAAGACGAAGUAAAACAGUUGAAAAGUGAUAUCUCGCAGCUUCAAGCUAAAAUCCUGUAAGUAAUUUUAAUAUGUAUAUAUAUACACUUUGGAGGUGAGCUCCAAAAUGUGACAUCAAAUUUCAGUGAGAGAUGGUAUCCAGGCACUUAUUAACAAUUAUUGAAUGAGGUUGAGCACGAUAUGAAGAAUUAUCAAGCCCGAAGUUUGCCGUUAUCAACCGAAGCCGUAGGCUGAGUUUGAUAACGGCCAACUGAGGGCUUGAUAAUUCUUCAUACUGUAUUAUGCGAAAACCGAAUAAUAAUUCAAUAUAUUGGUUCCUAUACAAUAUAUACACACACACAGUACAAUGCAACGUUCUUCAAAAACGAGGAAAAGGUUCCGACAGCCGAACAAUUGCAAUAUUGUUUCUCUUUCAGUUCAAUUUCAGAAGAAAAACAAGAUGAUAGUCAUCAUUCGCUACCAGCUAUUUCAUGUGGCUUGGCCGCGAGGUAA